UUUUCUACACGCUGGCAUAAAUGUCAACACAAAAUUGAAUUGAAAUUCCUCAGUAAAUGGAAGUAUUUUUCGUAUAAAAAAAUAAAAAAAAGCCUGAUCAACAAGCAACCCGCGCAGAAAGAAAUAUUUAACUAUUAGACGAAAUACGAGUUUUGCAGACAUCGACAACAGCAAUAACAACUAGAAAGAUCACAACAACUUCGAGCCAAGACACAAAUAUUUUGAAAUACCAAAGAGUAACAAAGACAAAUAAAAGAAAUAAAAAUCAGCAGGAGUUGAGAGCGAAACAAAGAUCAGCAAAAGUAACCGAGUUAACGACAGCAGCUAUACAAUAACAAAACCAACAACAACAACAGGCAAAGAACAACAAAACAGCUGCUGGCCAAUAAAGCGGCAACGUUAAAACUUGAGCGACUCACGCGAAAAAACGCGGACACUAAAAGUGAGACUGAAACUGAGGCUGAGGCUGGGGCUGGAGCUGAGACUGGGGCUGAGACAGAGACACAGGCAAAGACGUCAGCCGGCUGGCUAAACAUUUAUAUGCAUUUUGUAUAAAAUUGUUGGGCACCCGUGCGGCGGGUUUAGUUCCUCACCGAACGUAAACGCAGCUAGUCACAACCAAAGUGAACGGUACAUACGAAUUACACGAACAACGAACGGUGCUAUUUCGCGUUGGCGAAUUAAAAGUGAAAAAAGGCAGCAGCGACAACAACAACAAUAAUUACAAAAGAUUUUAUUAAUAUUGUUGAACGAAGCAGAAAUCGAACGCGCGGUUUUGUGCAGACAAAAAAAGCAAAAGCAACAAAAAAAGGAAAGCGCUAUAGAAUCAUUUUAAACGCGGCGGCUAAAAGAUCGUUAGCCAUUUGUGUAGACGGUUGACAGUGGUUGGCGGUAAUUGACUGCUGUUGAAGAGCGGAAAAAGAAAAAACAACAAGAAAAACUAGAAAAUCCAAGACUCCGUCGAGUGUAAAAUCGAAGCUGGUUGAAUGAAAAAAUAAGCAAAGCAAAGAAAAAAACAAACAGGUUGUGCAUAAAUUGAAAAUUCAUAUCGUAUGUUUGUAUGUAUUGCGAGCGUGAACGUGAGUGAGUUCGAAGAAAAAAUCAAUAGCGCGCCAACCGCGUAAACGAAACGACGCGAAAAACGGCAUUCCAUUGAAAGGGAAAACAAUUAAAAAUAAAUAAUUAAAAAAAAUCGUAAAAUUCCAAAAACCAGUAAGAAAAUCAACGUGCGGAGAAAAUGCUAACACGACGCGCUUUGAUCUGUUGUACACUAACGUAUACGCUGGCCGCAACGCUUAUUUUCAGCACACCCGCCCAAGCAGCGCCAACGGGUGAACCCAACGCUGUUGCGGAAGGAUUAGCAGCUACUUUAGAGAUUACCAAACUCGGCGCGGAUUUGGCGAAUGCUCUACCCACUGAGCUCUCUUCCAUAGAUGUGGAAAACGCGCAGCCAUAUGCCAGCACUGAAGUCGAAACCGAAGCCGAAGUGGCGGCCACUUCGCUGCCCAUGACAGUGGAGGAAAUGGCUUUGGCCGAAGUGGCAGCGGUUGUGGCUGAGUUGACAACAACAACGGCGGCCGAGAUGAAGGCCAGAGAACAGACGAUGGGAGUGGAAGAAGAGGCGGCGCAGGAGCAGAUAAGAAGUAGGGCUGAAGAAGUUAAGCGACAAACGAUCGAGCGUGAAAUCGCCAACAUAGUUGAUUCAUUAGAAGGGGCAACGGUAGAUGGCGUAAAUUCUGUUGCUGCCACCACAUUUAGAUCUGUUUUUGCGGAUGUAAUUGGCACAACACAAACACCCCAAACCAUAAGCCAAACAACAACAGUUGCUGCUCCAGCAACUACCGAAAGUCCAGCAAUUUUAAACGAAUUAGUAAGAGCGGCAGCCGCGGCGAAUGAGAUCUUGGCAGCUGCUUUAAAUGCCGCGUCAAUGGCUGUCACAAAUGUUACCGCCACGACAUCAGCUGGUGUGACUAGCGAAACUGCAACAACAAUAAAACCAGAAGCGGUGGAGGUUGAUGGUGCUCUGGUAGUGGCAAUGACUGACAGUGAAGCGAUGACGGAAGCCAGCGUCACCGAGCAACCACACGAAAUUGAGGCAACAAACAUCGCAGCUACAGAAGCGAAUAGCGCCACAGCAGUUUCGGCGGCUGCAACAUCAUCAGACGAGACCACGCACAGCGCAAAAACGCCCAGCGCAAAUGAAGUUAGCAACGACAAUUUAUUACUUCAAAUGUUGGAAAGUGAAGUGCUUAGCGCAGCUGCGGCUAAAAGCGCAUCAGGAGAGGCAACCGGUGUUCAAGAAACACCUUUGGAAUCGACUACCACAGCUAUAUCGGGCACUAAAAGGGUCAAUGAAAGUAUCACUGAAAGGGUCAAUGAAAGCGUCACUGAAAGGGUCACUGAGAGAGUCACUGAAAUUCCAGACGUAGAGAAAGAAAUUCAGACCACAGCUUUACCAGUUCCCGCGGCAGAUUUAGCGCCGUCUAUGGAAUAUAUGCACGCGAAUAAUGCAGAUAAUGAAGAAAUAAAGCAGAUGCUGUUUACUGGAAGCCUGGAAGCAGCAGAAUCUAAUAAAAUAAUAACAACAAAUGAUGCUGCAGAAGCUACAGAAACUACAAUGGCAAGCAUCGAAGAUGCCUCACAAGUGGAAAGGGAAACAACAAUUCAGCCCUUAGUGAACUCAGAUGCAAAAGCUAUAGAAAAUGAUUUGGCACCGAAAACGUUUAAUCAAGAAGCAACUCAAAUCCAAACAAAUAUUUUGCUAAAAUCACCGACGUCAGGUGCACCACCAAGCGAAGAUACGCUCGAUGAAAGCAACAAGGAAGUAUCCGAAUUCGAAAUAGCAAAAGUGGAGGAAGUGAAGCCGGAAAUACUGGGACAAGAAAUCAGACAGGAGAUGAGUAUAGAGAAUGAGAUUUCAGCAAAAACAAUCACAACAACUACAGAAACAACUGUAGACCUUCAAGGACUUUCACAGCCCACAACAGAAGAACUGAAGCCAGAGAUGAAUGGUCAAGAAAUCAGUCUGAAGGCGAAAGUAGAAAAUGAGGUUCCAACAACAACAGCAGCAACAGGGACAUCUACAUUACCGGAGGAUCUUUCACAAACCACAACUGAGCCGCUGGAAACGCUAAUUGCCGUGGAAAGUGAAGCGCGUGCACCAAACACUCUUGUUUUAGCUGCUGAGAAAGAAGCAGAAGCCGUGGAAGAGGAGAACGCAGCAACUAAAGCUGCAAUAACGGAAAUAAUAACAACUUCCGAAAUACUCAAUGGGCAAACGCCAGAAGUUUCAGCUGCACAGCCAAUAACAACUACCGCGAAAAUAGCGUCUCUAUUACCAAUAGCAGAGGAGUUCAUAGCUGAGUCAACAACAAAACCAGAAGUUGCUGUUACACCAGCAGCGCCGGAAGUAGAUACUACAACAACAGAAUUAUCGACAGUUAAUAGUGUUCUAGAAUUUACAAGAACAACGAACGACGCUGUAAAAGCUCAGCCUGAACCUGAGCCUGAAAGAAUAAUAGAAACUACAACAGCGUUGAUCGCAGGUGAAGAAGUGAUUCCCCCAAUACCAACAACAACAGCUGCAAACGAGCUUUCAGUAAGAGAAGUAGCAGAGGUUCCAGAGCUAUCAACCCAAAUAUCAGCUGGUGCUGUAACAAAUGGGGAAACAACUACACAACUUUCAACAGAAACAACAGAGAAUCCAGCAACAAUGCAUGAAAUACCUAUCCUAAACACCUUUGUACCAGUAACAGAAAUUACAACAACACAUUCCGAGGAGCGUGCGCCAGAAACAGUAGUUACUGUUACGGAAGCUGUCAGCAGUUCAACUCAAGUACCGCUAGCACCAUUUACAACAACACCAGUCGUAACAGAGCAGCUUUCAGACUCAGAAGAAACAGCACCAACAGAGCAGCUUUCAAAUACAGAAACAACAAUAGGCGAUUUAGUCGAGCUUUCGCCUGCUCAAAGCACGGAAAGUGUAGCUGUUAAGAAGUCAUCUCCCGAAAACAAAGCCACACCUGCCGCUGACAUUAUAACAACGACCUUGAGUAGUAGUACAGCAACAACAACAACGCCCCCUUCAACUGAGCCACCAGCAACGCACGCGCUUGAAGGUGACAGCAUAAUUUUAGAUAAGACAGCAACAACAACUGGCGCGCUACCGGAAACUAGCACAACUGAGGUAACCGAUGUGAGCAUAAUAACAACAACUACUACAAAAACGGAAGCCCAAACGUUUACACCAGCUGAGCAUCAAGCAGAGACUACUACAGAUGCAGUAGCUGUAGCUGUUGCUUUGCAAGAGCAGCCACUCUAUAUGAGGGCGCAGAAAGUGACUACUGAGAAGUACAGCACAACAAAUGCGAAGCUAGAAACAGUUACAGAAACAACAGAAUUGAGAACAACAACAGCGGAAGUAACAGCAGCUUUCGAGACAAAAGCGACAGCUGCGGAUACGGACACAGAAGCCGCAAGUACAACAACUGCGUCAAUGUCAGCAAUUACAACAACCACGUCACCUACAACAACAACAACAACAAGCAGCACACCUGAGCCAGAAACCACAACAACUACAACCACCACAACCACCACCACCUUGUCGCCAAUGAGUCUAAUUGUAGCCGAGCACGAAGCGCGAUCGCUCGAAAGAACGCCACCACGCGUCAGUCGCAUUGUCAGCGAAGAUGGCGUCGAAGUGUUGUCCGGCUAUUCGAUUGUGCAUCGCAUGCAUGCGGCAGCCUUGGCGGCGUUGGAAGCGGAAGGAGCGUAGGUACACCGAUCGCCAAAGGCUAGCAGUAAAGAGGGGAAAUUGGCAAGUUUCUUGGACAAUUAAAAACGCCGAAAAAAAAUGUCCGCUUAAAAAUAGCCAAUACGCACACAAACACGCACACACACCACUACACUACACAACUAUACAGAUUCAUUGCCAUAACAGCAGCAACUGUCACAUUAUAGCCGAUUAUGGUGGAACCUGUGGUGCUACACAUAGCAUAACAUAGCAUAGCAUAGCUAAGAGCAUACACACAUACAAACAUACAGAACUCGCCAUAAUAAUGCUUUUUUCUUGCGAAAUGAAAUACAAAAUAUGAAUAUUUUUUAAGAUUUUUUCUUAUGCAAAAUGUGAUACCCAAAAAUGGAACGAUACGCUCGUACAUAAUUAAAUGCACACAUAUGUAUGUAUACGUGUGCGUAUGUAUGUAUGCGCAUAAAAAUAUGUAUAUAUUUCUUCCGAACAUGUGUAAGACUCACACGGGCGCGAUGAGGCAGCAGUGGUUAUCAUUGUUGUUGUACUUGUUGGUGUAAAAACAAACGAAGAAGAAACCACAUUUUAGCAUUUAACAUCAACUUCAAUGGCAGCUGCUAAAUUAAAAAGGAAGCAUCAACGCAAGAAACAAGUUUUCUUUCAUAAAUUAUUGAUAAUGCUAAUAAUAAUAAAAAUAAUAAA